AUGAAGAUCAAGCGUGAGGUCGGUCCGCUGGAUCACCGCAGGAGACGGACUCGCUGUCUGCCAUGCGCCAAAAGGCGUAUCAAGUGUCAAGGCGGUUCUCCCUGCGAGUACUGUACUCGAACCAAGAAGCGUUGCCUACCUCAGGCCACAUCUACGACCGAAGUGCACUUCAUCAGCCCCGGAUCCUCCGAAGAAGGCAUGCAAGUCGCUGGACUACCGGCACACGUCAACAUACCCAGCGCUAUACUCUACCUUGACUAUUUUGAUCUCUUCAUGAAGCGCUGUCUGUUUGCAGAUGAGUUCAGCGGCCUGGCUGCCGACCUCUUACCCCUGGCCCAAACAUGCUUGCCACUCGGGCAAGUAGUGACAGCGAUUGGCGCACUCGAAGCCAGCCGGCGCGCGACCGUCAAGUCCUCGCGCGGGCAGCAGCCACCUUACACCGUUGCCUUUGUGUCAUACGGGGAAGCCGUCAAGACGCUCCGAGCUCGACUGCAGGUAUCAGACGCGUUCCGCUGCGGUGGAGUUCUCUGGUGCACGCUACUUCUUGGGCUAUUCGAGGUGAAAUACCUCAACCAUGUCUCGCUUUUUGAAUCGCAUUUACUGAUUGGUAGUUGA